CUAACCGGUUCAGUGUGGUCCAAGGAUUGGUGGGAGAAUGGCAAUUUCUAUCAAAUAUAUCCUCGAUCAUUUCGUGAUAGUGACGGUGAUGGCAUUGGUGAUUUAAAUGGUGUCACCGAAAAACUUCAAUAUCUCAAGGACAUCGGCUUCACUGCCGCCUGGCUUUCACCCAUAUUCAAAUCACCCAUGGCUGAUUUUGGUUAUGACAUUUCCGAUUUCUAUCAAGUCCAUCCGGAAUAUGGUACCAUGGAAGAUUUUGAAAAUAUGAUACGCAAAGCCAAAGAAGUUGGUAUUAAAAUUAUUCUCGAUUUCGUACCCAAUCAUUCGAGUGAUGAAAAUGAAUGGUUCAUAAAAUCGGAAAAUAAUGACCCGGAAUAUCGUGACUUCUAUGUUUGGCAUGAUGGCAAAGUGAAUGCCACAACGGGAGAACGUGAACCACCCAGCAAUUGGUUAAGUGCCUUCCGUUAUAGUGCCUGGCAAUGGAGCGACAAACGUCAGCAAUAUUAUCUCCAUCAAUUCGCGAUUAAACAACCCGAUUUGAAUUAUCGCAAUCCCAAAGUGGUGGCGGAGAUGAAAAAUGUUAUGCGUUACUGGUUGGGCAAGGGUAUUGCCGGUUUCCGUAUUGAUGCUGUACCAUUUUUGUUCGAAAAAGAAUUGGAUGCCAAUAAUAAUUAUCCCGAUGAACCGGUAAUAGAAAAUGUUGCCUCCUGUCCCGAUAAAGAUGAUUAUUGCCAUUUGCAACAUAUCUACACCAAUGAUCAACCGGAAACCUUUGAUAUGGCCUAUCAAUGGCGUGCCUUGGCCGAUGAAUUUAAAAAGGAACAUGGUGGCGAUACAAGGAUCCUGUUGACAGAGGCUUAUACCAGCUUCGAGAAUAUUUUACGUUUUUAUGGUGAUGGCAAAAGGAAUGGUUCGCAUGUCCCAUUCAAUUUUGACUUCUUGACAAAUGUUUUGAAUGAUACCUCGGCUGCGGAUAUUGUGGGCCAUAUCACGAAAUGGUUGAAUGCCAUGCCUAAGGAUGUCUAUGCCAAUUGGGUGCUGGGUAAUCAUGAUAAUAAACGUUUGGCCUCAAGAUUGGGUGUGAAUAGAGCGGAUUUGUUUAAUAUUUUGUUACAGACAUUGCCCGGGAAUGCUGUUACCUAUAAUGGUGAAGAAUUGGUAAUGACCGAUGUGUUUAUUAGCUGGGAAGAUUCCGUGGAUCCCCAGGCCUGUAAUGGUAAUCCCCAGACCUACUAUGGCUUGUCCAGAGAUCCCGCACGUACUCCAUAUCAGUGGGAUGCCUCCAAUUUGGCAGGUUUCACCACUGGUGAUCACACCUGGCUCCCGGUGGCUGAUAACUAUGUGACCGUUAAUGCCUUGGCCCAAUUGCGUGCCCCGCAAUCCCAUUUACAAAUCUUUAAAAAAUUGCUAAAGCUACGCAAGGAACCCUCUCUGCAGGAUGGAGAACUCAAUAUCCAAGCCAUUGCCAAUGAUAUUAUCGUCUAUUCUCGCCAGAAGGCCGGCAGUGAUUUAUAUGUAAUCGUUUUGAAUUUGAGUAAACAGGAUCAAACCCUAAAUCUCAAUCAAUAUUAUCAGCUGGGUGAUAAGGCGGAAAUUAUUACCACUUCGGUGCAAUCGAAAAAUGUCGAUGGGCAAGUCAUAAAUCCUAGCCAAUUUGUGGCCGAAGCUGAGGUGGGCACAGUUUUGGUGAAAGUUUAAAAAAAUCCGAACAAAAAAUGUAA